AUGGGUAAUUCAUCUUCAGCGAAGAAUAAGAAAGAAUCGUACGGCGGAAAUUAUAUGAUCAAAGUAAAUGAAGAGCAAAUUGAUAGAAUUCAAGUAUUGCAUCACAUUUUAAAAACAUGUUGUAAUGAUACGAAUUUCUCCGCGCCAAUCUAUCAGGAUUUGACGCGCGGUAUCAAAGUUUUGGACGUCGGAUCAGGUCCGGGCACAUGGAUAUUUGACAUGUCAUCAGACUUUCCUAGAUCACAAUUUGUUGGCAUAGAAAUACAAUCAUUUAUGUUGCCAACCAUUCACCCAUCAAAUACGCAUUUCAUACAUAACGAUAUAUUGCAUGGAAUACCCUUCCCUCCUAAUUCUUUCGACUACAUUCACAUGAGAAACAUGAACUUAUGCUUUACCGAAAAACAGUACGAACAAAUUAUCAGAGAAUUAAUUGACUUACUUAAACCAAAUGGUUACUUGGAAUUAUGUGAGCAGGAAAUUAGUUCGUAUAAUAUGGGACCUGUCACUCGAAAGAUUUCCGAUGAAAUGGGAAAAAUAUUAAUACAAAAAUCUAUGAAUCCAUUUGUGUCCAGCCGGUUGCACGUAUUUAUGAAGAAAUAUGGAUUACAAAAGGUUCAAAGAGAAAUGGUGAUGCUCCCGAUGAGCGAAUUAGAUGGGAAAAUUGGAUCAUUGCACGGACAAUCUGUUUUGAGUGGAUUACUCGGCGUAAAAGAUGUGCUAGCAAAGCAAAUGAAAUUAACUGGUCCUGAAGCUAAUCAAUUAUUAAAUGAUUAUCGAAAAGAGAUACAGUUAAUAAGAAUGUAUGUAUCAUCAAGAAAGUUAAAACAAAAAGAAAAGUUUGAAGGAAACUACAUAAUAAAAGUUGAUGAAAUGCAAAUCGACAGAAUACAACAAAUGCAUCAUGUUUUGAAGUCGGGUUUCGACAACACCAAUUAUUACGCGCCAAUUACUCGAGAUUUGCUACGAGGUAUCGAAGUUUUGGAUGUCGGUACUGGUCCAGGUACAUGGUUAUUUGACAUGUCAUCAGAUUUUCCCAAAUCACAAUUUACGGGAAUCGAAAUACAAUCAUUUAUGCUACCGACCAUUCAUCCGUCAAAUACAAAAUUCGUAAAGAACGAUAUAUUACAAGGAAUAUCAUUUCCUCCCAAUUCAUUUGAUUUUAUCCAUAUGAGAAAUAUGACUUUAUGCUUCACCGAAGAACAAUAUGAACAAAUUAUAAAUGGAUUGGUUGAUCUACUUAGGCCCAAUGGAUAUUUAGAAAUAAGCGAACCGGAAAUGGCCUCGCUUAAUAUGGGACCCACAAGCAAAAUAAUUUCCGACGCAAGUAAAUCGAGAUCAAUGAAUCCAUUCAUAAAUGAAAAAUUACAUGAUUUUUUGGAAAAAUCUGGAUUGAAGCAUGUCACCCGACAAGACGUGCUACUUCCAAUAAGUGAAUUAGACGGUAAAGUAGGUGCUUUAUAUGGGCAUAUUAUUUUUAGUGGUCUACUUGGAUUAAAAGAUAUAUUGGCAAAGCAAAUGAAAUUAUCGAAAAAUGGAAUCAAUUCAUUGCUAGAUGAUUACCUUCUAGAAACUAAAAGGACACGAAUGUAUAGUAAAUAUACACGCGUUUAUGGUAAAAAAAUUAUAAAUGAUAUUGUAUAA